AUGGCCCUCGCCACGACAGACUCGCUCCCCUCUGCGACUGCGACUACACUCCCGUCCACGACUACGCUCCCGUCUGCGACUACGCUGCCGUCUACGACCACGUCCACGUCUACGUCCACGUCUACGUCCUCGUCCUCGUCCUCGUCUACGCCUACGCCUACGCCCGCGAUCGCACCCACCUCCACCUCCACCUCCACCUCCACUUCCCCCACCGCCACCACCUCCACCGCCACCCCGCCCGCCCUCAGCCUGCUCGAGGCCGUCGUCACCGCCUACCCGCCCGUCCUCGAGUCGCUGCUCGCCCAGCUGCCCACAAACGCCCUCCUCGACCUCUACCACACCUCCCCCCACCUGCGCCACUUCCUGCGCCACUACCCCCUGGCAUGGAAGACGCUCUCCUUCCGCCUGCCCCAGCCCGCCGUCGCUGUCGGCUCGCCGGGCAACGAGACGCCUGACGCCCGCGAGCGCCAGUCCAGGGCCUACUCCUUCGACGCCCUCCUCAAGCAGAUCAUCGCCCCCAACGGCACCCGCCUGACCAGCCUCGACCUCUGCAACACCGCCGUCACCGGCAUCGCCCUCGUCGGCUGCCUCCUCGCCCCGCGCAUCGACACCCUCCACCACCUGUCCGUCCGCGGCUGCAAGAACGUCUCCAUCAAGUACCACAUCGUCCCCUUCCUCGAGCCCUACACCCUCAAGGACGCCCCGUGGAUGCGCAACCAGCUCGCCCUCAAGAGCCUCUACACCUACCGCUGCCGCCACCACCGCCGCCGCCCCUACCUCCCCUCCUCGCUCAUCCGCCGCGACUCCGACUCGGACCCCACCCACCAGCUCAUCGACAUCUGCCACCAGCUCGGCAUAUGGACCGACACCGCCUGGUGUCCCUCGCCCGGCGGCCGCUGCUACCGCCGCAAAGACUACCACGCCGGACGCGCUGCGCCCCAGAACAUGGAGGUCUGGGUCCCCUUUGACAGGCUCUGGCGCUCGAGCAACCGCAUAGGGCCCGUCGACGGCACCCGCCGCCUGGGCGACCACGACGGUCGCCUGUGGGAGAUUGCCGAAGAGGGCCAGGACGGCGAGCCCCUGGGCACCGACCACGGCCUCUUUGCACGAGAGGGCAAGCACGUGCCCGCACACGCGCGGAAGAGCCACACCACCUUUGUCCAAGACGUCCACUGCGCACAGUGCAACGACGUCAUCCUCGAGCGCUGCGAGUCCUGCAGCGUGCGCAUGCACUGCAUGGGCUGUCGAAAGACGCUCUGCGCGAGCUGCGCCUUCAACCGUCCCAUUCCGCGCAAGCGCGCAAAGACACGCCACUUUACCAAUCUCGCCUUCGGGAACAGCAUGACGCUGGGAGGCGCGUUUGGCCAAGCCUCUGCCUCCACUACCUCGCCGGAAGACAGGACGCAGCAGGAGAAGGCGGAGAGGAGCCGGUUCUGGUGGGCUCCAGGCGCGACGCGAUCACCGAACCUCAUGAACGAGAGCGCGCACGACGACGACUCGUCUGACCUCGAGGACACGCCCAACAACGGACUGCCGGCGCCGCCGGCGCAUCGAGAACCGCCCAAGCUGAACAUGCACUGGUGCUGUCUCGAGCCCAUCUUCUCCGGCGGAGGUGGCAUCGCCGUGCUGGGCACGGGCUUGGGUGGGAGAGGCGCAGAUAAGAUCCGCGCCGCUCCACUACCGCGCACCAAGCAGUACGAGGAUCCCGAUUUCUCCAACCAGCUCAGACCUGUCGACUACAUCCGGGAGCUCAAGAACAACGGCCUGUACGAGUACGUCCUCGGCGAGGACGUCGACCUUCUCCAAUACCUGAACAAGGACAGCCUCGAGCUGCAACAACAGACGUGUCCGCGAGCCCUCUGCACAGAUUGCUACCGCAGCUUCAGGUGGAAGGUGUCCUGCCGCGCGUGCAAGAACCCGAUAUGCAAAGAACACGACUUUGGGUCGUUGAAAGUCCGCAAGUGCGGCUAUCGAGAACUGCACACGGAGCGAGACCACGUCCGAGCCCACACGGAACCACCGCCGCGUCUGGUCAUACCUGACUUCAACCCCAACCGGACGAGCGAGGAUUUGGAGCGUACGCCCACGGCAUCGUCGCAGCAGGAGGCUGCCUCCACCGCCGACAACGAAUCCGAGUCCUCCGAGAGCACGCCCAUGUCGCAAUCGCAGGUCCUCGUGGCGCCUGCCGAGCUGGCUGCCUCGUCCUCGUUCAACCUCACGGCGCCUGAUCCGUUCAUGCUCACCGGUUCGCUAUCGUUCGUGCCUGUCAGCUCCUCUCGGCCGCGUUCACUCAGCGCCUCUGGCGUCCGCAGCCGCAACUCGGUGUCUUGGUCCAACUCGCCGCGUGCUCCUCCGCCAAGCUCGAUCGCUAACCCCCUCCCGCUACCGUGUAAUCCGCGCCACCCCGUGCAGUGGGAAGGCUGCGGGGCCUACUUCUGCCAGUACCCACGUCCCGUGGGCGACAACAGACCGCAGUGUCCGGCCGUGCUCAACGAGUGUUCCGAGUGCGCGGUGCUGGUCUGCGAUCAAUGCUCGGCCCUGACCCCUUCCUGUACCUGCUCCUUCUGCACCGUCAACUUUCACUGCCCAACAUGCGCCCGCAAGCCUUCGGUCCACGCAAAAUGUCGUCUCCAAGCGGAGCUCAAAGCCAAGGGAGACGCCGAGCUGCGUGCAAAAGCCAACCGAGAGAGAGACCGUCUCGAGCGCGGACAGGCCGACGAACUCGCCGGCGCCAUGAACGAGUUCUUCACCGCGCUCUACACGGACCUCGACGCGGCCGCCCCUGGCCCCGACACAUCCACCUACAUGACCUCUUCGUUCGCAGACCUCCCGCUCUCGAGCCCGGACAGCAUCACCGUAACCACGGAAUUCGGCGUCCUGGAAGAGACGGGCAACGUGACCAUCAUCUCUGCAGGCGGCGCCACGCAUCCGUACGACGACGACAACGACGACGACGACGACGACGACGACGACGACGACGACGAUGACGAUGACGACGACGACGACGAGUAUGACGACGAGCUGCCGUACGAAGCCAUGCAAAACGAACAAGACCCAGAGAGCUACGUCGUCAUGACCGAAGACACGAGCGCCACAAACCAAAACUCGGACUGGGUGACUGCCGUCGCGCUCCAGCAGCAGCAGCAAAACACAUGGCUGCUGCAGCAGCAGAUGCACAACCUGUACACGGUCGCCAUGGGCACCAACACCACACCGCCACCGACCUACGUCCCCGCGCCCGUCGUGCAGGUGCAGAGCCACGAAGCUGAAUUGAGUGGUGAUGAUGAUGAUGAACAGGAUACUGGCGAAGAGGCGGAUGUGGAUACCGAUGAAGUGCUCGAGUCGGCGGAUGAUGUGGAUGAGGCUUUGACGCCAACCGCGACCGCUGUCACAUCUGGCCUCGAGUCGUUGGAUCUCUCGGGACAGUAG